AUGCCUGAAAAAGGUUCAUGUACUGAUAUAACAUGUGAUAAUGAAAUCAAAGAAUUAUAUGAAUGUCAUUGUUGUUUACGUUUUGUUUGUUUAUAUCAUUUGAAUGAACAUGUUGAAAUAACAAAACAAAAUACACGACGAUUAGAUAAUCUUCGUAGUGAAUUACAUACAGUUAUAAAUACACUUAAACUAAUUCCUGGAGAAAAACUAUUGAUUAUUGAACGCGAACAAAAUUUGAUUGAACAAGCAAAAAACAUUCUUGAUGUACCCAGUAGUUCAAUUGAUGAACUACAAAAUAUUUUCGAACAAAUUAAUCAAACAAUAGCAUCAAAUCGUUCAGAUGUAGCAGAAGAAUUGGGAAUCUCAAAAGAUGAUGAAUAUUCAAUGGAUAUCAACCAUGAUUUUAUUGAUACUGUUUCAUUUGAUGAAUCAACGAAAUCUAUUCAGGAUCAACAUGUAAAUGAAGAAGAAGAGAAACGUAAACGAAAACCAUACAGAAAAAUUUUUGAUGAAUGCCCACUAACAUUCAAUGGAGCAUAUGGUCUUACUAAAGCAAAUCAUUCUAUUGAAUUUUGUGAACAUGGAAAAACUCGUCAAAUCGAAUUAUAUUUCCAUUUCAUUCGCAAGCAUCGAUUAAAAAAAGUUUAUGCUCAACGUUUGGUACGAGCUGUUGUCGAUGAUCAAGAUCCUAGGGUAACAAAAUUAUUUGAUGGAAAUGAAAAUGUAAUUGAUGAAUUUCAUAAAGUCCCAUGUCCCUUUUUUUAUGGACAAAUUAAUUCAUCAGAAUAUACUCUACAAAAUAUAGUAACUGCACCAUGUCAACAUCGAUUAGUUACACUUCAUAAUUUCAAACAACAUUUACGACUUAAUCAUAAGAUUUCAAAUUCGUUGGCACAAAAAUUAGUUGAUGGUUUCAAACAAAAUCAAACAAAAAAUGAUAUUGAUUUGACUCCAUUAAUUUCAUCAACAUCAUCAAAAUAA